AUGGAUGUGCAGGAGUUUGAAAGGCUGGAGGACUUAACGAUGUUGCUUCUUUCGGGCCACAGGACAUUUUCGUCGAAAGACUUCAUGGAGGUAUAUGACAUCAUCUACAGCCACUGCACAGAGACAGCGGCGGCCUUUGAGACGAGGGGGGCAAAGGUGUACGAGUGCCUAGAGAGGACGAUGGUGUCAUAUGUGGAUCGGCUAAGGUGCUUUACGUCUCUGAAGACCCUUCAUGGGCAGCUGCUUGAGUUCUCAGGUGCCCUGGAUCUUGUAGCCCGCGCCUAUUCGUACCUGGAGAGAUACUUCAUCAGGGUCAGUCUGGAGCGAAGAGAUGGGCACAUCCAGGAUGUCCGCGUAUUGGGAUACACUGUGUUCUACAGAAGGUACAUGGAAAGGAUGAUGGCGCAGGCCAAGGAGAUGAUCUUCUUUGAAAUUGGGGUUUCCCGGGGCAGCAGGGACUACAACUUUGGGCGGCUGGGAGAAACGGUCAAGCUUCUCAAGCGAAUGCUGUUCUUCUGCAACGAAUCUGAGGAGUACGAGGACAUGAUCCAGCGGUAUCUUGAUGGGGUUGAGGCCCUGGUGGACUUUACUGGAGAAAUCAACAAGAUCCUUAAGAGGGUGUAUCUGGAGAUAUACAUUGCAUCGAAGGUGUUUGAUCCAGACAACAACAGGCUGUACAAGGGAAUUGCAGCCGGGGUGCGCAACAGGUUUGACGACGUCUUGGGGCUGCUUGUGCACAAGAUGGAGAGAUUUGAGAAGUUCAAGUUGUAUGUGAAGAUUGUUCACUUCAUGGAGCCCGAGUACAUGGCGAGGAUUGACGAGAAGUACAAGGAGAUUCUAAGGAAGAAGGUGCUGGGGGCUGGGAGUCUCCGAGAGCUGGUGGUGGAGUAUCUCAAUAUUUGCAGGCAGAUGGAAGAGAACCUCAUGCGUGAAGACGAGCUAGUUCCAUACCUUAGAGAGGAGAUAAGAAAGCACCUGCACAUGUCUGGAAGACUCGGGUUUGAGGACGAGGUUUAUAGAGACAUUGACCGGACAGUGAGGAACGGAGAGGAGAUGGGGGGAGAGAUGGAGGCUCUUGUUAUGUUUGUGAGCCUGAUGUCCAGCAAAGAAGUAAUUGUUGGGAAGAUAGCACGGGACGCCAGAAGGAGGCUUAUGAGCUGCAAGAGCAACCUGAAAAGAGAGGAGAUGCUGGUUUUGUCGAUGGAAAAGCACCUUGGGGCCAGCAUCAGCAGAUGCAUGAGUGUUAUGUAUGAGAACCAGGCGAACUAUGUCAGAAACAGCUUCAGGAUAGCAGGGCAGGCAACAGAAUUUGUUACGGAGACCAGGUUUCUGACGAAGGGAUUCUACGACCUGAGGGCAAGUGGAGAGAGUCUCCCACCUCCUCUGAGGGAUGUGUGGAGGAUUGUAUCGCAGCCGAAGAUGGCGCAGUAUCCUCGGGGAGAGCUAUUGUGCUGCCACAGCCUGUCGCCGAUGGUGUUUUCGAUGAAUGGGUUCAAUUUCCGCAUGAACACCGACAAGGUAGUGGUGAUGCUGUGGCUGGAUGUUGACAGAGGAGUGUCUGACCUGGAGCGGUGUGUUGGAGGGACUGGCUUCAGGCAGAAUCUUGAGUAUCUCCUCUCGAAUGGGUUUGUGAUGUGCACGGACGGGGUUCUAUCGCUGAACCGAAUGUUUUCUUGCAGGGAAUACGGGUAUAUCAGAAACAAGUACAGGGACAGGAUAUGCCUUCUGGACUCUGAACAUAACCUGGUUCUUGAUGGGGAUGGUGGGUCUGGGAUGCUUGAGGAGGUGGUGGAUCUGUUUGAGGCAGAGAUUUCGGAGGCUGUGGCCAAGAGGGAGACAGAAGCAACGGGGUCUUCUUCUGAUGCCGUUCUAGAGGCCAGGGUCAUGAGGAUACUGAAGCGGGAAAAAAGGGUUGAGAGCUUGAGGAUGUGCAGGAUGGUUGGGGAGGAGUUUGGAGAUGACGAGAAGGCAGUGAUGCAGACGGUUGAGAAGCUUAUUGAGAAGGAAUACUGCAGAGCUGAUGGAGAUUAUCUGGAGUAUGUUCCCUGA